AUGGGUUGCAUUCUUGGCAUACUUGGGUGUUGUUUCGGUUCAGCAGCUUGCAGUCUCUGUUGUAUUUGCUGUCCCUCGACGCGGAAUUCCUUAAUAACACGUUUAGCAUAUGGUUUACUUUUAUUAAUUGGCACGAUUAUUUCUUGGGUAUUAUCAACGCCUGAUUUUGUUAAAAUACUUGCCAAAAUUCCCGGUUUAUGUAAAGGCAAAAUAUUAGAUGACAUAGAAGCAUUAAAAGGAUAUAUGUCAUGUGAAAGAUUUGUUGGAUAUCGGAAUGUUUAUCGAAUUCAAUUUUCGUUUGCAUGUUUUUUCUUAUUGAUGAUGUUUUUAAUGUUAUUUGUUAAACGAUCAAAAGAUCCUCGAAGUAAAAUUCAAAAUGGAUUUUGGUUUUUUAAAAUUUUGAUUAUUAUUGGUAUUUGUACUGGAUUUUUCUUUAUAACUAAUCAAGGAUUUGCAUCAAUGAUUAUGGUUCUUGGAAAUAUUUUUAGUUUUAUAUUCAUACUAGUUCAACUUAUCCUGAUUAUUGAUUUUACACAUAGUUGGAAUGAAAAUUGGGUUGGUAAAGGUGAAGAGGGUAGUAAAAAGCAUUUUUGUGGUCUUGUAUUCUUCACAACAUUAUUAUAUUCUUUGUCAAUUAUAUCUAUUAUACUUCUCUAUAUAUUCUAUGCAUCGAAACCUACCUGCAGUCUUAAUAUAUUUUUUAUCACAAUCAAUUUUAUUCUAUGUUUAAUUGUAUCUAUUGUAUCUGUUUUACCGCCGGUUCAAAACUAUCAUUCAACAUCAGGUUUAUUACAAUCAUCAUUUGUUACACUUUAUGUUGUAUUUUUAACAUGGUCAGCAAUGACAAGUGAAAAGUCACAUUCAAUAUGUAAUCCAUCAUGGAAUGAUAUAAUUAGGAAUAAUAAUAAUAAUUUAACUGACAUAGAUCCAACAGAAAACGGAUCUGUUAAUAACUCAUCAAUCAUAGCAUUGAUUAUAUUUUUUUGUGUUAUUUUUUAUUCUGCUACAACAAGUUCAACAAAAUCAUCAAGUGGAAAAUUACUUGGAAUAUCAAGUAAUGAAGAUAUUGAAAAGACUGGUAGUAAAAUCGAUGGUGGUAAGAGUUAUGAUGAUGAAGAACAAUCUGUAGCUUACAAUUAUUCAUUAUACCAUUUUAUGCUUUUCUUAGCUUCAUUCUAUGUCAUGAUGACAUUAACAAAUUGGUUUAAACCAACGAAUAAUUUCUUAGAUUUUCAUCAAAAUAAUGCUGUUGUUUGGGUAAAAAUUACUGUAUCAUGGACGUGUAUUGUUUUAUAUUGUUGGUCUGUUAUUUCACCAUGUGUAUUUCGCAAUCGAGAUUUCUCAUAA